AUGGCGAACGAGGUUCCCAAGCCAAAACUCCUCUGGAACUCCGACAAUGUCAAAGACGUCGCCGAGUCCGUCGGCAUCAGCUCCCUCAAUGAUGAAGCUCUCAAGGCCCUCACGCAAGAUGUCGAAUACCGCAUCGGCCAGGUCAUCAUCGAGGCACUGCGCCUGAUGCGCGCAGCUCGUCGGACAACUCUCACCGUCAACGACGUCUCCCUCGCCCUCAAAGUCCUAGAUGUCGAGCCCCUAUACGGAUACGACUCCACGCGACCACUACGCUACGGCGAGGCAAGCCUGGGCCCCGGCCAACCGCUAUUCUACAUUGAAGACGAAGAGGUGGACUUUGAGAAGCUGAUCAACGCGCCGCUACCAAAAGUACCACGAGACAUGAACUUUACCGCCCACUGGCUCGCCAUCGAGGGCGUCCAACCCUCCAUCCCUCAGAACCCAACGACCGCCGAAUCCCGCUCACAAGAACUCCUCCCCAAAGGCCCCGGUGCAAACCCCGCGCUCGCCGCCCUCGCGGGCAACGAUAACGUUGCUGUCAAACCAUCUGUUAAACACAUUGUCAGCAAAGAGCUUAUUUUGUACUUUGAUAAGAUCCAAGCCGCCGUCCUCGACGACAACCCCGACGAAGAAGUCGUUCGUUUGCGUCAAGCAGCAUUGGGCUCUGUCCGUGACGACCCGGGCUUGCACCAGCUUGUCCCCUACUUUAUCAACUUCAUCAUGGACAGAGUGACGCACCACCUGGACGAUACGUUUACACUCCGCCAGAUGAUGGAACUGACGAAUGCCCUCAUCGAAAACAAGAGUCUUUUCUUGGACCCCUAUGCGUCGUCAUUGUCAGCACCGGCGCUUACUUGCCUCAUGGCUCGGAAGCUUGGCACAGACGAUGGAGUCGACGCCAUGAAGGAUCAAUACGACUUGCGACAGCUGGCAGCGUCAUUGGUAGGACGAAUUGCCCGCAAGUAUUCAGGCUCGAAUACUCUGCUGCGACCGAAACUCACGCGCACGUGCUUAAAGUACUUUUUGGAUCCAACGAAGCCACCUGCCGUUUUGUACGGAGCCAUCUACGGACUCUUGGAGGCUGGUGGUCCAGAAGCCAUUCGCGUCUUGGUGCUACGAAACAUGAAGACAUUUGACUCGGCUAUUUUGCAGCCAAUGAAGGAGAGAUCAGAGGGGAGCAUCGAGUACGAGAUGCUGGUGCAAGGUCUAGUCCAAGCAAUUGCGUCGUUGGCGCAACGCGGCGAAUUAGGCGCAACGAACGGUGUCAAUGGUGCAGCGUCAGGUUCAGAACUGUCCGACCUGACUGAGUUUAUUGGCCCCAUCGUCGGGCGCAAGAUUGCAACGGCAGGGAAUCGUGCGCUGGUGAAAACCAUUCUCGACGCCCGGUCAUUGGAAUAG